AUGCGAUCGAGGAUGUCGUUGGGUGCACGAGAGUCCGGUGAGAGGCGAAUGCGGGCUUAUCGCUCGCUCGGUGACUCGCGGGGCUCAUUGCGCUUCCGCGCUCGGCCGCCUGCUCGACUCUUCGAAGCUCCUCGUGGUGGCCUCGAGGUCGUCGAAGUUCUACUCGUCGCCGUAGGCAUUUGGCUUGCCCAGGUGUACCAAGUGGCCUUGAAUGAGGAGACACUCGGGAAAGCGAGAACGCUGGCUCGGCCGUAUCUCUGUAGCACUUCCCGCUUCCGACCGCCGGGGUAUGGAUUUGUUAGCUGUCGGCCGGAUGGAUUCGUGAUAAUCCUGAUCGAGGGAAUCCGUCUCGUGUACCAGUGUCACAGGGCCCUGCACGCGCUGACGCUGAGGAAGGUGGCCGCACUGGCGAGGCCAGGCGACCUUCCGGUCAAACUGCCUGCGUUUGGGCUCGGUUUCGACCAUCCGCGACAUCCCCAGCGACAUCCGGUCAAUCGAUGGGACGGGCCUCGAUGUGCUUGCAGCGAUGGUUCGGCGAUGCCGAACAUCGUGGCCGAUAUUUCAUAA